AUGUCUGCACUUCGAAAGAAAUUUGGGGACGAUUAUCAGGUAGUGACCACCUCAUCUAGCGGGUCUGGAUUCAAUCAGCCUCCCCCAGAGAAAAAGAAGAAGAGGCAGCGGUUCGUGGACAAGAACGGGCGAUGUAACGUCCAGCAUGGGAACCUGGGUGGUGAAACCAGCCGAUACCUCUCAGACUUAUUCACGACACUGGUAGAUUUGAAAUGGCGCUGGAAUCUGUUUAUUUUCAUCCUCACCUACACCGUCGCUUGGCUCUUCAUGGCCUCUAUGUGGUGGUUCAUCGCGUACAUCAGAGGAGACCUCAACAAAGCCCACAAUGACAAGUACACUCCAUGUGUGGCCAAUGUCUACAACUUUCCCUCAGCCUUUCUCUUCUUCAUCGAGACCGAGGCCACUAUAGGAUAUGGUUACAGAUACAUCACAGACAAAUGCCCCGAGGGGAUCAUUCUCUUUCUUUUCCAGUCGAUCCUCGGGUCGAUCGUCGAUGCCUUUUUGAUCGGGUGCAUGUUUAUCAAGAUGUCUCAGCCCAAGAAAAGGGCCGAGACUCUGAUGUUCAGUGAACAUGCGGCGAUUUCUAUGCGAGAUGGAAAACUAACUCUCAUGUUCAGGGUCGGCAACCUACGUAACAGCCAUAUGGUCUCCGCACAGAUCCGCUGCAAAUUGCUGAAAUCUCGCCAGACGCCCGAAGGCGAGUUUCUUCCCCUGGAUCAGCUGGAGUUGGACGUGGGUUUCAGCACAGGGGCAGACCAGCUCUUUCUCGUCUCACCACUCACGAUCUGCCACGUGAUUGACACCAAGAGCCCCUUCUACGACCUCUCCCAGAGGUCCAUGCAAACAGAGCAGUUUGAAAUUGUGGUGAUACUAGAAGGAAUAGUAGAGACUACGGGGAUGACCUGCCAAGCAAGGACGUCUUACACUGAGGAUGAGGUUCUGUGGGGACACCGCUUCUUCCCGGUUAUCUCCUUGGAGGAAGGCUUCUUUAAGGUGGACUACUCUCAGUUCCAUGCCACAUUCGAGGUGCCCACCCCUCCAUACAGCGUGAAGGAGCAGGAGGAGGCUCUGCUACUCUCUUCGCCCCUCAUGGCUCCGUCCCUGUGCAACAGCGGGGAGAAGAACAGCUCCCUGGACUGCCUGGAGACCCUGGAGGACAAUGACAGCACCACCAAGCUGCCCACCAAGCUCCAGAAGAUCACAGGGCGGGACGGCCUGCCCAAGAAGCUUCUAAGAAUGAGCUCCACCACCUCAGAGAUGACUUACAGCUUUGGAGACCUGCCCAUGAAGCUGCAGCGAAUCAGCUCUGUUCCCGGUGUCUCUGAUGACAAGCAGGCUGGUAAGGCCUCCAAGAUCAGCACAGAGCCCAUCAGUAAGUCAGUGGCGGACUUACCUCCCAAGCUGCAGCGACUGGCUGGGGGAGGUAGGAUGGACGGACACCUGCCGCCCAAGCUCAGAAAGAUGAAUUCAGAUCGCUUUACAUAAAGCAGGCAACAAAUUUUAACUUAUGCCAUCCACCUUUAUUUCCCUACCUGAAGUCCUUGUACUAUUCCUAAUUUAUUAAUGGACAAUGUUCUUAUAUUAAAAGAAAUGUAGAAUAUGUGCACAAACACCUUAUAUAAAGUAGGGUGGUGGAAUUGAGCACAUUUGUCCCUGGAUUUAAGUGUACAUGCUGUGAUG